CGGCAGCAUGGACGCAAGUUAACAAGUCGUAUACGCGCCGGUUUAUAGAUAAUUGCAUCUUACGAGUUAAGUUCUUAUAUUGAUAUAAAAUAAUGGGUUCGUAUUUAUCGGAACCAGUAACCGAAAAAAUAUCUACAGAUGAGGCAAACGACAAAUUAAACUGCGGUGCUAGUUCUAUGCAAGGUUGGCGUGUAACUCAAGAGGAUGCACACAACAAUAUCUUGGACUUUGAUACAAAUACUUCAUUUUUUGCUGUUUAUGAUGGGCACGGAGGCCACGAAGUGGCCCAAUAUUGUUCUCAAAAACUACCUCAGUUCAUAAAAGAUACUCAGGCUUAUAAAGAUGGGGAUAUUGAGCGGGCACUCAUCGAUGGUUUUUUGGGAUUCGAUGCUACCAUAGCAACUCCAGAAGUCAUACAAAUAUUGAAAGAGAUAGUUGGCGAGCGCGAAGCAGAGGAGGCAAGCGACGAAGAAGAAAAUGUAGACAAUCUGUAUAAAGAAGCAACAAUGCCUAUUGAACAAGUGAUAGAAAAAUAUACAAAUUUAGUAACUCCCGGAUUGAAAAAUCUCAAGAAGGACGCUGAAAAGUUUCCGAAAUCUCCUUAUUUGAAAAGCAAACAAGAUGAUGGAUGCUCAGCUAGUUCAUCCAAUUCAAACUUACCACAACCAGGAUCAUCGCAGGCGGAAAGUAGUUCCAUUAGCGAUAGUAGUGAAGCUAAACCCUCAGUUGAAACCAAAGAAACCUCAUUGUUAGAAAAGAACGGUACAGUCAUGGAUGUCAAAGUAUCUUCAACAGAUAAUACCGAAUCGAAGGAAGUUACUACUAGUUCCGGAAAAGAAGAGAAUGAUAAUACUGUAACGCCAAUUCAGAAUGGAGAGACAACCGAAACUGGUAUUAAGAUCGACGUUACGAGCCCGUCUCCACAAGAAAACGGCGAUAUAGACAAAAAAGGUAAAGGUAAAGCAAUAAAGAGUCCAAUUAAAAAGAACGUUUCCACAAGGCCUAAAAGAAACGCCAAUCAGUUGUAUAAGACAUUAUUGAAUUUUGAAGAUGAAGAAAGUGAUAGUGAAGAUGAAGAAGACAAAACGUUUGUUGGUCCAAAUGAUGAUUCUUCAGAAGACGAUGACGAAGGAGUAAACACAGCAAUUGAAGUCGAAGGCUCAGAUGAAGAAGGUACAUCUAGUGAAGGAGGAGAUGAAGCUGAAGAGGAGGAAGAAGAAGACGAAGGCGAUGAAGACCAAGACGAAGAUUUAGAAUUCACAAAAAAUAUGAAAGAAGAACCGGGAUCCGAUAGUGGGUGUACGGCGGUGGUGGCGCUAUUGAAAGGAAACGAAUUGUAUGUCGCUAAUGCGGGCGAUUCUAGAUGUAUUGUUUGUAGAAACGGUAAAGCGAUCGAUAUGAGUUUUGAUCACAAACCAGAAGACGCACCAGAACGAGAACGGAUCGUCAAAGCCGGUGGUAGAGUAACGGCGGAUGGUCGCGUUAACGGAGGUCUCAAUCUAUCUAGAGCUAUAGGCGAUCACGCAUAUAAACAAAGUAAAGAAUUAUCAGAUAAAGAACAGAUGAUAACAGCUUUACCCGAUAUUAAAACCUUGACGAUAAAUCCCGGAGAAGACGAAUUUUUCGUUUUGGCCUGCGAUGGAAUAUGGAAUUUCAUGUCUAGUCAAGAAGUUGUCGAUUUUGUUAGGCCAAUGAUAUUGGAAAAUAAAAAAAAAUUGUCUACGAUAUGCGAAGAGAUGUUCGAUCAUUGUCUUGCUCCAAACACGUUAGGUGACGGUACUGGUUGUGACAAUAUGACAGCAAUAAUAGUCCAAUUUAAGACAAACAUAAUGAAAAGGUCUGCUUCUCCUCGUGCUGACAAUGAUAAUUCAAAAAGGGCAAAGACUGAAGAAACUAUUAGGUCAGAUACCGCAAACACUGCAUAAAAAAAUAAUAUGAAACACUUUCUUUUUUUUUAAAUUAACUUAAAUUUUUUAGUUCAGCCUGUUAUGAAUAAUCGAGUUUUGGAGGAAUAUUUUCCGGAAAACAAGAUUUGUAUAUGAUUUUAGCUGUUAACACGGUUCCAUUGUCAACUGAAGGUGACUAAAAUGUAAUAGUCGAAUCAAUGUCCAAAAGUACACCGAUAAUUUAUAAUAGGGCUACCGUUAAAAAAAAAGAAAAAAAAAAUUUUCAAUUUUAUUUUGUAUAAACGUUAAUCUUUUGGUAAAUAACACCACCGGGUAAUACUUGAUUUGUUUUGAUAACUGUAUGUUUAUUUUCUUGUUUCUUUUAUUCACGCUUUUCACUUACCCAUUGAUUUUUUGAAAAUUCAAUAUAAUUCACUUACAGAUUGAUUUUUUGAAAAUUCAAUAUAAUUAGUUUCGACGGCAAAACAAAAUAUAUUUUCAGAGCAAUUCGUUGGGUAUAGUUGCCAAGUCGUAUUUUCUUUUUGUUCAUUCUACUUGUUUUUAUUGUGUUUUCCAAAUGUUAUAACUCGAAUUUUCUGCUCCUUUUUAUCUUUUCUUCCUGAUAAUACUAAGUAUUCCAUUUCCGGAUCAUUUACAAUCAGUCCCGAUGAUAUUCCUAGUCAUUUCCAAAAUGCCUAAUUUGAAUAAUUCGAUUUUUUCUACCAAAUUCUUCCCGAUUUAUAAUUUACUCUAACUCUUUAAGUUUUAUUUAUGUCGAAGGUGUUUUUCUAUUAUUCCUUGUAUUUCAUCUAUCUUCAGAUCUUCAGCUGGUCUUCAUCUUCAGAAGAGAAUCUAAGUAGCUUGUUUUUUUGUCAUACCAAUAGCUUUUACUAAAAUUCUUUCAGCUUUAUAAUUUCUUCAUGCAUCUAUUUGCGUAGAAGGAUCAUAUAGAUCUUAAAUCCAUCUUCUUUCCAUUUUAAUGAUAUCUUAAAAUGAUUUCAUUGAAAGUCCCUUUUCUUCCUCGAUUUCUUUUCAUCUUUAAAAAAGGAAAACUAAUUGACUUGAUUUUUUUUACUAAUGGAGAACAUGAACUAAAAUCCUUCCCGAUUUAUAGUUUCCUCCAAGUCUUUAAGUUCUAUUUGUACGGAAGCCUUUUUCUAUGACCCGUUUUCUCAUUUUUCACCAUCUAUUAAAAGAUCUCAUUUUAUAUUACUUGUUCUUAAAUUUUUUAUCAUAUAUCUGUAGAUUUCGGCCCAUCUUAUUUUUCUUCGUUUUAUGGUCAAUUCUGAUGUUUUAUCUUUUUCCUUCAUCGAUUUAUCCUCCCUACAAGUCUCUUUUUAAGUCUUCUUCGUCAUCUUCAAAAGAUUCAAACUUAUUUUCGAUCAUCAAGAUCUUUGGCUCAUCUUCUUUCUUUUCGUUUUAAAGAUAAUUUUAAGUCGUCUAUCUCGAAGUUGGGGACGGUCCUUUUUUCUUUCUCGAUUUCUUCUCUUUGAAUGUCUUCAUAUGCAACAGAUGAAAACUUAUUGAGUUGCUAUUUUUUUACUAAUUGAUCUAAAAUUCUUCCCGAUUUAUAGUUUCCUCUAACUUUUUAAGCUAUAUUUACGUUCUUUUAAGCCACAUUUGUAUCCAGUGCAGUUGAAUCUUAGAGUAUUUUCACCUAUUUUGAUCUGUUUUAAUCUCAUCUUCUCUAUUUGCAUCCUGUUAUUUUUUUGAUUCUUCCUUUUUGUUAAUUAUCGUGGAAAUUGAUAUUAAUCAUCAAACUGUUAUAUCCUCCUGGUUUCUUGUUGAUACUGGCAGCUUUAGUCAUAUUUUUUCUACAAUUAUCAUCCUUAAUCUCUUUCUUCGCAUCUAACUUGGUUUCGAUUAUAGUUUCUUCUCUUUGUUAGUCUCCACCUUCAGAAGACGCAACUAACUUGCCAUUUUCUAUUACUUGGAACAAAACUUUGUUUAGUUUUUUUAUUUUUCUCUCUUCAGGUUCUAUUUGUGUCGAAGGUCUUUUUCUAUUACUUAUUUUCCGGAUAUAUUCGACUUUGAUGUCCUUCUUUUCCUUCGAAUUGUUCUUCGUUAACCAUUGUAUCACAAAAGUUUUUCAAUUGAAGACAUUGCAAAAAAGCUACUAUUGUUUGACAGCUGUUGAUACUUACUCCGGAACGAGGUGAUUUAAGACAUUUCUUUAACAAUCUCCACCUAAUUAUUGUGAUAUAUACCAUGAGUGUCAAAUUUUAUACGUAAAAAUUCAAAAAAUCGAUAGGUAAAAUCUUGCGGAAAAGCGAUAUUUACCAUUCGAUAAAUCCUGUGAAAAAAUUAUUAUUUGUUUAAAAGCUGACUGUCGUUGCGGUACGUUUUUCACCGCACGAUUUCCAUCAGACCUGUGCGGUCGUCACGUGUGUUUCGGCCUUAAGCACUGUCGAUAAAUGGAAUUUUAUUUUGUUGUUUUUUUUUUAUAACACAAUAGUUUGAUGGUCUAAACUUUACAGAAACUUCAUAUCCAAUUAUUUUACUUUAAUCCUUAUGUUUAUUAACAGGAACAGUAUAAAUUUAAAUUAAACCUUGUUGUGUGUUGUGUACAAUACAUUUAAGAGAUUUGUAUGAUUUCAAUGUAUUUAGGUCACUGUUUAAACAAUUAAAUAUCUUGUAUUCUU